ACCUCUGCUUCCAGGAGAAAAGAAGAAAUACCUGCCCCCCACUUCCCGGAAGGAUCCCAAAUUUGAAGAAUUGCAAAAGAGAAGCUGACGGGGAUUAAGCUGGAAGUGGAGGAGAUCGCCUUGACCACUAUGAGCCAGAGGCGCAAGCUUGAGGCCGUCCUGGAGGCCACCAACCGCAGCCUGCAGCUGGACGAGCAGCAGGUCAAAUGGAGCGUGGACACCAUCUUCAACAAGGACCUGCUGGCCACCUUGCACCUCCUUGUGGCUCUGGCCAAGCGCUUCCAGCCCAACCUGCCCCUCCCGACCAAUGUCCAGGUGGAGGUAAUCACCAUGGAGAGUACCAAGAGUGGCCUGAAGUCGGAGAAGUCAGUGGAACAACUCACUGAAAGCAGCACAGACAAGGACCAACCUUUGAAGGAUGUCUUUGAUGAAUUAUUUACGCUGGCUCCAGAGAAAGUGAACGCCGUGCAAGAGGCCAUCGUGAACUUUGUCAACCAGAAGCUGGACCGCCUGGGCCUGUCUGUGCAGAACCUGGACACCCAGUUUGCAGAUGGAGUCAUCUUACUUUUGCUGAUUGGACAACUAGAAGGCUUCUUCCUGCACUUGAAGGAAUUCUACCUCAUGCCCAGCUCCCCUGCGGAAAUGUUGCACAACGUGACCUUGGCCCUGNCCUUGCUUCCUCCUCAUCCGUCUUCCGUCUUCCUCUUCCGGUCCUGGGACUCCUGA